AUGCGCGACUCGAGACGCAGCAGGACCGAGCCCCUGGGCAGCCAGGUGGCGCCGCGGGAGCGCGCGUCGUCGGGCGGCUUCAGCACGGAAGCCAGCAGCUCGUCCGAGAUUACGGAGCCGCUCGUGCUCAAAGAUCGGCAGUUGGGCCAAGGAUACGGCAGCACGACGCUGGAAGUGCAACGGGGGGAGCUGGAAGACGGGGACGAGGUCGUGGUGAGCGACCAGGUCCUGGUCUCCGCCAUUGCCAACCUCAGCACCGCUUACAAUCUGGCGGUGAUCAACUAUGCGCUGAUGAUGUUGGAGCGAUCGUACCCGAACUCGAGUGCGGGGCUGCGCUCGACGGUGGACUCGUGCUCGUUGGUGGGGGCCAUCGUGGGGCAGCUCACGUUCGGCUAUGUGGGGGCAGUCAUGGGGCGUCGGAAGGGGAUGAUCUUCACGCUGCUGCUGUCCAUUCUGGGGGCCGCAGCUAGCGCACUGUUGCCGUGGGGCACCGACUCGGUCUAUCAGGUGCUGGCGGCGUGCCGCUUCGUCUUGGGUGUGGGUGUAGGAGGGGUCUACCCGUUGUCAGCGGCCUCGGCUGUGGAGUCGACGGAUGGCGACGAUGACUCGAAGAAGAGCAAGGUCGUGGCGGCCGUCUUCAGCUUCCAGGGCAUCGGGCAAUUGCUGGCUCCACUCAUGGCCUACAUCAUGCUGGCUAUGAAUGCCCAGCGAACAAUCGGGUGGCGGGUUUUGUUGCUGGUUGGAGCCUUCCCUGGACUGUUCGUGCUGCGACGAGCUUUCGAGGUGAAGGAGGACCUGCCCCCGUCGCCGAUCACCCCACCAAUUGUGCUCAAGAGGAUGGACGCAGAGGUGACGUGCAGGUCGAAGUUGUGGGACAAGCUGCGAGAUAGCACCAAGCUGCAGCGCAAGCUCUUUGGAACCUGCGCGAGUUGGUUCCUGUUCGACCUCACCUUUUACGGGAACGUCAUCUUCACGCCGAUUAUCCUGCAAGACACGUACGGCUUGGAUAAGCACCACUUCGCGGACGUCGCACUCUGCUCGUUGGUCGUGGCAGCCAUCGCUUUGCCCGGCAACCUGCUCACCGUAUUUAUUGUCGGCAAAAUCAGCUUCAAGACGAUCCAGAUCAUGGGUUUUAUCGUCAUGGCGCUGCUCUUCCUGGUUUUGGGAUUCUUCUACGAGCAGCUACUGGGUUACAGAGGGCUGUUGCUCGGGAUGUAUGCGCUCACGUUCUUCUUCUCGAAUUUUGGGCCAAACGUCGGCACAUUUUGCCUCCCUGCGGAGAUUUUCCCCGAAGACGUACGCGUCGAGCUCAACGGAGUCGCCGCGGCUGCCGGCAAGCUGGGAGCUGCAAUCGGAGCGGCAUCGUUUGGAAUCAUCGAAGCUCAUUUUGGUGUCUCGCAUCUCCUGAUUCUCAGUGCGACGGUCUCUCUGCUUGGAGCACUCGUAACCAAGCGCUACAUCCCGUCAUAG